AUGAGCGGACAGCCCUCAAAUCUGCCGAGCGUGAGGUUGCUGAAUGAGGAGGGUAUUUGCGUGCUCUCCCUCGAUAGCGGUGAGCUUAGGAAAUGCUAUAACUACGCUGAAGAGUACGAAAAGGCAGCCGAGAGCCUCGAGAUGGGGAUCAAUGCCGCGGAAAAUAAAAUCGCAAAAGACGAUCUGAUUCUUAUCGUUGUCAAGAACAACCUCGCCUAUGCAUAUGAGCAAAAAGGUGAAUACAAGAAAUCGAUCGCUCUCCUAGAAGAGACUCUGCCCAUUCAGCAGGAAAUCGUGGGCAAGUCAAAUUUCGAUACCCUCAAGAUUCUAGUAUACCUCAUCGAGCAGUACAGGAAGAUCAAAGGCCUCGCAAAGGCCAUUUCACUUUUAGAGGAGCUGCACCUAUUCAGAGGAAGUCUCUUGCGCAGGAAUACUUACACAGCUUUGAAGUUGUAUGAACAUAUGGUUUCUGUGCGACAGAAGAAAUUGGAGCCAGGUGAUGAGCAGAGGAAGUGGGCAGAAGUGCGUUCUCAGAAAUGUAUUGAGACCUGGAAGUGGACUUGGGCACGGAGAUGA